AUGGCAAGCUCUAGUGGCACAUACAAUCCUGCGCGGCCAAAGCGCGCUGGCGAGCAGUUCACGCGAACCCACCAUCUGGGCGGGGAGACUCCGUCCACCAAGAAACCACGAUUUGACCCACGCAACCCCUCGACGCUCGCUCCCGAUGCCGAGGACGAAGAGGACCCUGCACUCGAAGCCGACGUGAUUGGAAAGGGUGCUGGCAUCAAACGAAACGCCGUCAACAUUGAUGGCUACGAUUCGGAUAGUUCCACGGAGAACUUCGAUGCACGCGCAGAGGCACGAGUCAAGAAAGACAAGGCUGAUCAAGCAAAGGGCAAGGAUGACAAUGAAGACGACGACGACGACGACAUGUUUGCGGCGGAUGACAAAGACGAUGAGCAGGACGAAGAGUCUCGGAGAGACCAGACGAAGAAGAAACAGCUACGAUUCCUCGACGCUGAUGAAAUUGAGGGGCAAGAGGCGGAUAGCAAAGCAGGAGGCCACGUGGCAGUAGACUUUACAAAGGGCCCAAAGGAUGCCACCGACGAUGUGGAAAGCAGCAGCGACAGUGGAGACGACCAAGAGCGCGAUCGAGUAGACUCAGACAUGGAUGAGGAGCUUGGAGCUGGCAGCAAGAAACGCCACGCACCGAAACUAGACGCUUUCAACAUGAGUGCCGAGCAAGAAGAAGGCCGAUUUGACGAGGCCGGCAACUUUGUGCGCAAGGCGUAUGACCCAGAUGCUGCCCAGGAUUCAUGGCUCGAAGGCAUAUCGAAGAAAGACAUGAGGAAGGCAAAGGAAGCCCAAGACAUGAGGGAAGAGGAACGCAGAGCACGUGAACGAGCAGAAGACGCCAUCGUCACCAGCGACGUCAUGUCACAGCUCAUCACAUACCUUGAUGUUGGUGAGACAGCCUUGGAAGCGCUUGUACGUUAUGGCAAAGCGGCACCAAAGAAGCCAGUCCAAAGCUGGGGCAAGAAGAAGGCUCAGGAAAUGAGAGUUGAUACGGACCCAGCCAAGGAGGCAGCCGCGGCCAAGGCCAAAGCAGCCAUCGAAACCAUCACCGAAUGCGCCAGCCGGCUGUCCAAUCGCGGAAAUGAGGAUAUCUACGAAUUGACGCGCGAAGCCAUCAUGCGCCAAUACAAGCGGGAGACGGGCGAGGAUUGGAAGAACCCGAACCCAGAACCAGUCAUGUGGGAGUUUCGUUGGCUCGCGGCGGCAGAGGACGACAUCAAUGGCCCUUAUGAUCAAGCCACGAUGCAGACGUGGGAGGCAGCCGGGCAGUUCGCAGCAGGUGCUGAAUUCCGUCGCGUUGGGGAGACUGAGUGGUCACCAGUACUCCAAUUUGAAGACUGA